GUAAGAUUGCUUUAACAUUUCUGCUCGAAUACUUCAUAUACUGAUAUGAAUCGAUCAAUCAAAUGUAAUUUCAUCUAUUUUAGGAAGACACUGCAAACUUUGAAGGUGAAAGUCAAAAGGCGUGUGAACUAGAUUCCGUCUUUUGAGUGCAAACACGAAAAGGCGCGAAUCUCUCUGGCUUAAAUAAUAGCGACUUUUAAUCAGCCACAUAAAAACUGAAAAGUAAAAAAGCGGCGAGCUCCGGAGAGCACGGUGAGAUGGACGAUUCUCAUGAGAUUCUUCUCAACUCGCUCCGUAACUCAGGGGUUCCGGUCCCGCCGUCCGUGGCGGCGAUCCAAGACCUCACUCCGGCAUCGCUGUUCUAUGUAUGCUCCCAAUCGCUCUGCAUAAUUGACAGUACGCUGUCGUUUCCGGCCUCGUUGCCGGAAGACUCCGUGGCAGAUCGAUUCAAGCUCUGCACUGACCUGGCUUCCGCCUUCAAGCGUCUCGGUUUCGUCGGUGACAUAAGCUUUCACAAGUUUCUGUAUCCUUCUGAGGAGGACUUGUAUAAGUUUGUGAGAUUCUUAGUAGGCAGGCUAGCAGUUUCUGGACCUGAAUCAUCUCAAUCCUCCCAAGCACGCACGUCCAUUGAUGGUGAUCAGACUAGAGAGGUCCUACCGGAGUUUAAGUUUGUGAGGCAACAGCAGACUGAAGCAGCAGCAUCAGCAAAAGCCGAUUCUACAAAUGCUUCCUCAGGAGAAUUCUCCAAAGAUAGACGGGAUGUUGAGGACAAAACCAAAACAGACACCGGAAGCUUGAAUGGUGAAGGACGGAAAACUGGGAGAGUUGGUCCGGGUUCAUUGGAUAUUGUUGAGGUAGUGGGAAGCAUGGUGGGCGGAAAGGAUGAAACUUUGGCUCUUGUGAUCGACCUGAAGUGCCCCAAGCAUGUAAAUGAAUCGAAUUCUUUUCAAGGGAUUUCACAUGGGGUGAAUUCUGCUGACAUGAAAAAAUUGCUUAUGAAUUUGAUUGCAAAGACUUCAAAGUCAUCAGAUCUGCUUGAUGAGCUGAAGGCUGCAUUGGAAUUUGACGACCGAAAUUCCUUAGACUUCUAUAUCCAAACACUCGAAGAUUCAAUGGAAACAAGAAGGGAGCGGCUUGAGAAACUUGACUCUCAUGAAUGUUAUGCUCUGAGAUUGCCUUUGGAGGAGAAAAGGAGAAAUCUUGAGGAGGCUCUUGGUGCCAUGGAUCCAGCGGCCCUUGAAAAGCUUCAACAAAAGAAGGAUAUUUUGAAGGAGAUGGAGUCUGUUUCAGCAGAAAUUAGGAGAAGGGAAGGGGAUUUUUUGUUAUAUUCAGCUGAACUUGAAAAUCAACCUAAAGUAGCCUCGCGAGAAUCUUUCGUUUUGCGGAUCAAGGAGAUUACAAAGAAUAGCAGGAAACAAGACGCUGAUGUAGAGCGGAUUUUAAGAGACACAAGGGAGCUUCAACUGGAGACUAACCUCAUUCAAGAACGUCUUAAUCGAACAUAUGCUGUAGUUGAUGAAACUAUUUUCAGGGAAGCAAGAAAAGAUCCGGUGGCCCGUCAAGCUUACCGGUUGCUGACAGAAAUCCACGAAUGCUUUGAUAAGACCGCUGAAAAGGUUCUUUCCAUUGACAGAACUCGCCGGGAAUUUGCUGAUUACGAGGCCAAACUUGCAACCAUGUCCUCCCGGAGCCUGGAUAUUGACAAGCUACAAGCCGAUCUUGAUGCCCUUAGGAAAGAAAAUGACAUUCUCGAGAGGAAACUAGGUAAUGAUUCAGUAGCUAUACUUUGAAGCUUCAAAGUUAUUCAACUGGGACAUGGAUAAUCCUAAUUAUAAAUCCGACUUGCAGACAGUAUAAUGCAGGAUUUGUCACAGUUUUGGUUCUCUGUAACUUUGUACUUCAUUUGGUGGUCAUAAAUUUCCUGAUUGAACUUCUCUUUUUGCAACAAGUAGGUGUAGAAUUGGACCCAAUUAGAUUGAUAAAGAUGGAUGGAUGUAUUGCAUGGAUGAAAUGGAUGGAAUGACUGGAAUCUAACAAACUCUGAAACUCAACUCAGAUAACUG